CUAUAGUGUCGUUUUGAGGGUAGGAGUUGAAACAGUUUAUGUCCAGGAUGCGAGGGAUCUGCAAAUAUUUUCACGGCCCUCUUCUUGAUUCGUGCAGUAUACAGGUCCUCAAUGGAAGGCAAGAUGGCCUUAUAUACAGUGGCUUGCCCUGUUGUCGUCGUUAGGUGUUAAACAGCCCCUUCGAGCACUGAAGAUGUUACCUAGUUGGGUCAUGAAAUGUCUGCCAGAGAACCACCGAGCGCAGAAAACCCCCAAGGAUUCCACCCAAUGAAAUAUCAAGACGCUUAAUCCUCGACUUACGACCGCAAUUAAAUGAAUCGGGCUUCCCCAGGGACUUUUGCCCGUCAGAAGGUCGCAAAAGGCGAUCGUGUGACCCCCCCUGCAGCCUGUCAUAAAUAUGAAGCAUUUGCCAAGCGUCCAAAUUUUGACCACGGGGCUGCUGCGGCGGUCACAAGUGUGAGAAAUGCACAUGGUUAUGAGCUUUCGCGUCUCGGAGCUGCAGGUGCUUCUGGGCUUCGCCGGGCGGAACAAGAGCGGGCGGAAACACGAGCUGCUCACCAAGGCGCUGCAGUUGCUGAAGUCGGGCUGCAGCUCCGCCGUCCAGAUGAAAAUCAAGGAGCUGUACCGUAGGCGUUUCCCCCGCAAGAUCCUCACCCCUUCGGACUUGUCCAUGCUCCACCUCCAAGCCGGGCAGCUGCCCUCGGCCACAGCGUUGACUCAAGGCGCCAUGUGCCACUUGCCUUACGACAACGGCGGGGUGGCGUCCGGAGUGCCGGCCGGCAUGCUGCCUCCCGUGCCGAUGCUGGGGUCCAAACAUGAGGCCGACGUGCCUCACCUCUCGCCCCCCAUCCACCCCGUCCAUCCGGACGUGAAGAUGCGCCGGCUGCCCUUUUACGACGUGUAUGAUGAACUCAUCAAACCUACCACUUUGGCUUCGGUGAACAGCCAGAGAUUCGAGGAAGCCCACUUCACCUUUGCUCUCACUCCUCAACAGGUGCAACAGAUUCUCACUUCCAGAGAUAUCUUACCUGGUGCCAAAUGUGAUUAUACGGUACAGGUGCAAUUGAGGUUUUGUUUAUGCGAAACCAGCUGCCCGCAAGAGGAUUACUUCCCUCCCAAUUUGUUUGUGAAAAUCAAUGGGAAGCUUUGCCCUUUGCCUGGUUACCUCCCUCCCACCAAAAACGGCGCGGAACCCAAGCGACCGAGUCGACCGAUCAACAUCACGCCUUUGGUGCGCCUUUCGGCCACCGUCCCCAACACCAUUGUGGUCAAUUGGUCAUCUGAAUUUGGCAGGAAUUACUCCCUCUCCGUUUACUUGGUGAAGCAGCUGACCUCGGUAACGUUGCUGCAGAAGCUGAGGGCCAAGGGCAUCCGCAACCCCGACCACUCCCGAGCCCUGAUCAAAGAAAAACUGACCGCCGAUCCUGACAGUGAAAUCGCCACCACGAGUUUGCGAGUGUCACUCAUGUGUCCGCUGGGCAAGAUGCGGCUGAUCGUUCCCUGCCGUGCUUUUACCUGCACUCACCUGCAGUGCUUCGACGCCGCCCUGUACCUGCAGAUGAACGAGAAGAAGUCCACCUGGACGUGCCCCGUCUGCGACAAAAAGGCUCCUUACGAGGGCUUGAUCAUUGACGGGCUGUUCAUGGAGAUCCUGAACUCCGUUACGGAUUGCGAUGAGAUCCAGUUCAUGGAAGAUGGUUCCUGGUGCCCCAUGAAGCCCAAGAAGGAGAACCAGGAGGUUUGUCAGACGUCUUCUUACAAUGGACUGGAAGCCUCCCUGUACACAGUAAGUUCGGAUGGGAAGCAGCUGCCCGAAAGCAAGAAGAAGGUGGAGGUGAUCGACCUGACCUUGGACAGCUCUUCAGACGAAGAGGAACCCCCUGCCAAGAAAGUCUGUCCUGUCGCCAUUGCUGCCAUCCCUCCAUCAGCUGGACCAAAAGGGGUUUUAAACACCGACCACCAGCCUUCCUCGGUGCUGCGGAGUCCUCCAAUGGCUGCGGUGGGCAGCGAUUACCUCUCCAGCCUCCCGCUGUCCGACUACCAUCCUUCUUAUUCGGUCCCUUCGGACAUCCAAGGUCUGGAUUUGUUUUCCUUCCUUCAAAGCGAAAAUCAGCAUUACAGCCCUUCCGUCAUCACCUCCCUGGACGAGCAGGACUCCCUGAGCCAUUUUUUCCAGUAUCGGGGGCCCUCCCCACAUUUCAUGAGCCCCCUGGCUCCGAUCGUGGUGGGAUCCCACAGCGGGGUCGGCUCCCCCACCGGCAGCCGCAUGAACAGUGUGGUCUCUUCGCCCACGGCCAGCUUGCGGGAGAGUCACGGAGCCAUGGGAAGCAGCCCGGCUUUGCCAGGUUGUCGGCCGGACAUCAUCUCUCUAGACUAAAGUUGGAGACGCCCUUUUUUUGGGGGGGGGACGGGGACGAACGGACGACUCCAUUCUUCUGUGGAAAAAGGCAGAAAUUUCGGCAACGUGUCGGCAGCUGAGAAGACAGACACUUAGCAGCGUGUUUUUUACUUGGUGUGCGCCCCACCCCGUCUUAGGGAAAAUCACGGCAUUCUUUUUAAAAAGAUGGAAACUCAAUUUUUCGGUCCCUGAUGAUUGCGGAGGGAUCGGUCUCCGAAUCCGAAGAAUCACAGCUAAAUUUUGCUCAUGGGAUCCUUAAGUCCGCAAAGGGACUAAAGGCGGCAUUCGAUGACCUGCUCCAAUCGGUCCCAAGUUACAGAAAGAAAGAAAAAAAAAACGGAAUUUUUUUUCUUAGCAAUGGAAACCCUGGUUAAGCGGGGUUGGGGGGCCAGAUUGGAUGAUCUCGGGAGCGCACAGCAAGAGGGGAGCCUUGGGGAGGCAUUUGAAAUUCCAUCGUGGCUCGAACUCCGAACAGGCACAAGAUUCAUUGGAUCGAGAGCCCUUCUGGCCAACAACCGGCGGCCGCCUUUAAGCUCCACAUUUUGAGGUUUCAAGGUUCAAAUGUUUUGAAUCGAGAACGUGUUUCAGGACCAACAGAAAUCGGCUCCUCCUAUAUAUGAAAACAAAAAAAUAAUAUUCUUUUUUUAAGGAUCCUGGCUAGGCCAAUUGAGGCCCAUAUGAAUGUUUGCAGGUUUUUGUGUUGUUGUUUUUUUGAUAUUUCAGAGCUCGGUUGUGGGAAAGGAGCAGCCGAUUCACCUAUGGAAGCUCUGGACCAACCUUCCAACCAAAUGUGGGUCGUCCCCCCACCCAUCUCUAAAUCUGUACAGUAGUGGCCAAAAUUGUGGAAACCUUUUGGGAAAGUUUUGAGGUUUGAGGGCUAAUAACACCAUUUUUUUGGGGGGGGGGAGUUUCAAGAUAAUCCUAUUCCACUGCAGGAAUGGCCUGGGAAUAGCCCAGUCCUUCACCCAAUGGAAAAUCUAUGGAGCCGACUAAAGAAACUGGUUAGUCAGAAGUGACCCAGCCAUAAAACCCAGUUAAUAGAAGCCAUCAUUCAAUCUUGGUUUCACAGGAUAACAGCUGCAGGACUAAAAGACUUGGUUCACUUGGGAAGACGUUGUAAUGAUUCAUGCUAAAGGUUACUCAGCUAAAUAUUAACUGACACAGGGAUAAUUUUUGUAUAUCUUUUUUUCACGGGGAUCAUUUUUGUAUAGCUCCUUUUUUCUACGGGUUUCCCUUUUCUUCUUUAUACUGUAUAACCCUUCAUCAAAGCCAUUGCAUUACUUUCUCGAUUCAGUGAUCUUUCCAUCGACAUAUAAUUUUAUGGUACUACUCCAAAAACAACAAAAAAAGGAGUCUUAUUAGCUAAGUUUUAGAAAAUACACUUUUCCCAAAAGGUUCCCACAAUGUUGGCCGCUACUGUAUUUUCUGUACUUAAUAAAAGACCAGUAGCCUCUUUAGAGGUUCGAAGGAAUAACAAGGGAAUUUUGAGUUUUGCACAGAAAAUUCCAGUGUUUUCCAUUCCUCCCCAUUCUCUCUCUCUCUCUAUCUCCUUUUUUCCCCCCCAGUACUAUGAUUUAACCUCAGCUAGGUUCUCACAUUGAGCUAAGUGAUGCAGGAUGUUGCCUGGUAUAAAACAGGCAGUUGGGGGUUUGUCCAAACAAACCACGGUUCUGUAUAACAAAUGCUGGUUAAAUUGUGGUUUCUUUACAACACUGGUUGAAGACCAUGGUUAGGAGGCGCCGAGGCUGCCUAACCAUAGCAUUGCCAGGCUGGUGGAUAACACCGAUUGGGUGAGAUCCAGCUUAGCUUUUGAGGGCCACGGGCUUCCAAAAACCCGCUAUGCCCGUAACGAAACCUCUUUUGAAUUCCGUGGGCCGUUUUCAUUUUUAAAAAGUUAAAAAUUUAUUCCCGUCCAUUUUUCUUUUCGGUCGGAACUUGGGGGUUAGCGUUGGAGGAUCCAGGCUGCACCAUCGGUGGGUCCCGUCGGGGUAUUAACUUGGAGCCCUGACAGUCUCUUCAUCCUUGUAAAUGCUGCAAGAAGCGUUGGUCCGCUAAGGAACGGCGUUUGUUUUUUUUUUUGAGGAAUCCUUGCGAGAAAUUCUCACAGGCAGCCAGGGAAAAGGGCUGGUCUUUUGCGGGAUGGAAAAAUAUCCUGCUUCUGCCUCCGGGCUCCCCUGUUUGCUCAUCCGUGCUCCCUCCAGCUAAACCUUCCCUUUUUUUUUGGAAAUCUCUAAGAAGAGACGGGAUGCUCGGACUGUCCUGGGGGUUGAAAAAGCUAAAGUGGAGACCUUGCCAGAGAGGUUUGAGCUGCGAGGUGCAAAUCUUGAACCCCCCAACUUCUGUGAAGCCGGGCUGCCACUCCCCCCCCCCUCCCCCAGAACGGAAGACGACUCUUCUCGGACAUUCCUAAAAUCGGAUUUUUGGGGGGAAUGCCUCUGGAGUCCAACCGGAACCGCUACCGUGCCACCGUAGGGAUGGGGACGUGCUAGGUGAACUUUUGCAAUUUUGAUUGGGGCACUUAGCACUGCCUGCCUGGAUUGGACUUGCCGGGGGGGGGAACCUCCCCAUCCCUGAGGUGGGGGGGGCUCAGGCACCGAGGGACCGCCUGCCGCCCUGCCCUCAAAAAUCCCACCGUUCAUUUGCUGUGAGAGGUGGUUUCCCGCAAUUGCCCCGGUCUGCAGGUUAAUAUAUAUAUUUUUUACACGUCAGAUCUCGUACUUCCCACCCCUCUUAAAAAAGUAUUUCCAACCGAUCCUGUACAGAGAACAAAAAGAUCUAUCAAUCUUAUCUAUAUAUACAUAUCUAUAUUACGAUAAUCUAUAUUUUCAGUUUUUUGUACAUAACGCGACUCCAAAGAGCUUUUUCUCAGUAUUUUCUCCCCCCCGCCCUCUUCUCCUUUUUUUCUGAGGACUAAAUGAAGGUUGCACAUCCUUUGCACACGUGUAAGCGAGCGUGAGGGGCCGUGCAUCGUCCGUUGCACAGCUUAUUUAUAUAUUUAUGUCUGUGUCCUGAGUUUGUGUGUAUGCGUGGGUGUUGUUCUUUUUUUUUUUUCAUUCGAAGCUAUCCGAGUCCAGCUGCUCAGCCUCCCCCUUCGGCCUCCUCAGCCAGAUAGGUGGUUGAACCUCCUGCCUUUGCAAGGUUAGGGUUAGGGUUUUGCAAAAUUACACAAUUUUGCAAAAUCCCUUUGCAGAAUUACAGGAAACUCUACUUUUGCAAAGCUUCCCCUUUCAAGGCAUUUAACUUUCUGCAUUGUUUCCCCGAGCCACAGCGAAGAAGGCAGAGUUUGCAUUUUACGAGUGCUGUGGAUGAAUUUGAAUCCUGCUUUGUUAGCCACACCUGAUCCGUUGUGCGACUUUCUUCCAAGUGCUUCUGUUUUCAAUCAAAGGGAAUGUUUCUUCCAGGGCAGCUGAAGUUUUCUUGACGUUAUUCCUGUCAAUUCCUGUGAUAAUUCGCCACAGAGAGCUCGUUGUGGGACAAGAGGUACACUAAUAUCGAAGACAUAGUGGAAUAGAUAGUUUCUGGAGAUUGUCAGUCAUCCCAAGUUCUGGUUGUUCUAAAGGUGCUUUUCUUCAAGAGGCAACUGGACUUUCUGGUUUUUUUCUUUGAAGGCGUUUCGCUUCUCAUCCCAGAAGCUUCUUCAGUUCUUCAGAGCUGAAGAAGCUUCUGGGAUGGGAAGCGAAACGUCUUCAAAGGAAAAAAAACCCAGAAAGUCCAGCAGCCUCCUGUAAAAGCACCUUCGGCGCAGUGGAAUCGAAUCAUGAAAGGAGGCCAAAAGGAGGGACGAAAUGAAAUGUGAACGACAAAAAGUUAUUUUAAAAUUAUUUUAAAUGAAUUAAACUCAAUUGUCCCGCAGCAAGUUGACCAGGGAUGAAAGGCUACUGGUUCAAAUCGGUUCGGGCGGACUGGUAGUAAAAAAAUGCUACCAGUCAGGCGAACCGGUAUGUCCGACGAUCAGCUGUGACACGCCAUUUAUAUUAGCUAGAAUCGUCGGAUUUCCUGCUUUCUAGCUAAUCUAAAUCGCAUGGCACAGCGGGUUUCCCUUCCCCUCGCUGUUCUACUUACCUUUGCAGACUUGGAAAGUUUUCUUAGCGCUGCACAGGCACGCAGGCGCACGCUCGGUAGCAGAACUUCAGAGGAUUUCACGGCUGGAGUCGACCCAUGGUUAGUUGGCCAUGUCAAGUUAUCCUGUGCUCAGUUGACAUUGGCGAAUUCGUGUUUCAUUUUCGUCCCAUCCGUCCUUUCGUGAUUCUAUUCCACUAUUUCUUCGAUAUCGGUGUAGCUCUUGUCCCGCGGCGAAUUGUCCCGUGGCGAGUGGGUGAAUCUGACAAGGGGGCCUCCCCUCUCCCGUCCCACCCGUUUGUGGUCAGAUACAUGACCACCCCUCCGAUCUGCGGCUCUGCCAACUUUGUCUCCCGGGAAGCCCCAAGGGCCAGGAGGUGGGAGGAGCAGGGACCGAGACCCCGUUAGUAACCAAUGGCUGGCUGGGCAGCUGGAAGAGAGGCUGACUCCGCAACCCCCUAGCGCAGGGGUCUCCAACCUUGGCAGCGUUAAGCCUGGCGGACUUCAACUCCCAGAAUUCCCCAGCCAGUUGAAGUUUGCCAGGCUUAACGUUGCCAAGGUUGGAGACCCCUGCUCUGGAGUGGGGCGGUCCCCUUCUGUCUUUCGGAGGAGGCUCGCCUCGCUCUGCCAAAUCUCUCCUGGGCUGCAUAUUUAUUCUGUCAUAUCUUUGUUUUUUAUCCACUUGGAGCUGUGGUGUAUAUGCUUUUUUUUUUAGAGAAAAAUAUAAUAAUAAAAAAAAGUUGCAAAGAGCUGUGGUCCCGCGUCAUUUCCCCCCCACCCUACGUUUUAUUUGUUUUAUUUAUAGAACAUUCAAUUUUCAUCAAACUGUGUGUAUUCUGGGUACAAUUACAUUUAAAUAGUCAUAUUUAUACACCUUUGGUGUAUAAUAUUAAUAAUCUAAUAACAUAAUAAUAUAAUAAUAUUACUACUUAACAUUUAACAUCUUCAACAACUCUCCUCUGUACCAUUUUCUCCCUUUAUAUCUCCUCCUUUCUAACUUCUGUUUCUAUUGUCUACCCAUUGAUAAGAUGUGUCCCAUAUCAAAAAAU